GUGCAAUCAAACCCUUCGAAUGAGAUUUGGAGGAUCGCGGGUUCAAAUGAGGCUCCCCACCACUUUGGAUUCGAGGAGACCGAUUCGGGCCCCUCGUUGUGCAAUCAAACCAUGGGGUCAAAGUCGGCACCUAUGCCCCUGUUGGCCACCAAUACGAAAGUCCUCAAACUAUUAAAACAGAGGGUCUUUGACAAAACACGGCCCAGAACAGACAACUCAAAUACCUCAGGCUUAAUGCUCAAAGUGCAUCAAAACUGACCUGAGCUCGCUCUGCAGCAGCCUUUUGGUAUCAAUGGAUACUACAAACGUCAAACGAAACGACGAGGGGAAAAGAAGAAAGAGAAAGAACGAGGGAUUAAACAGGAGAAAGGAUACCUUGAUUAAGAAAGCCUAUGAAUUAGGGGAAUUCGAUGGUAUCGACGUGGCUCUGAUUAUUUGCAAGCAUGGUCGAUACACCACGUACAGGUCCAGGGACCACGCAUCGUGGCCGCCAUCUGUAGCAGAGAUACAAACUGCCUAUCCUCUCCCAAAGAAUAUACUACCAGAAGACAUCGAGAAGCGCUUUUCUAAACAUACCAGAGAAAAAAAAAUUGCCUCGCAAGAAUAAUGAACGGUAGGCAGACUACCUGCUUGCAAAAGGGAAAAUAAGACCAUAGUUAUGGAUAUUACUGAAUGAAGUCUCAGCGUCCUAUUCUCUGAUUUGUUUCAUCUGUGGCUUCCCUUGUAGCAAAAGUUGACUGUAAUUCAGGUGGCAGGAGAUAUAAUAGUCCUGACGAG